CCUUGAUCAAGCCCCGAUUGUACCGUCAGGCGUCGAAGGAGCCUCUGCCCUUCCCCCGUCCCAUCUUCCGUCGCCACCUUCUCUCCCCCCGGCACAGAGACUGCGCUCGACAUGUCAGCAGCGGCCCCUCCAAAGGAUCCCGAGGUGCCUCUGGCCGUCACGAAGGAGGUCCACAUGCACGCCGAGGAGAUCGACUUCGCCAUAGCCGCCGCUAAGAAGAGCUUCCAGUCUCUCAUCCGCAAUGACAUCCGUCUCUGGCAGGAGGUGGCCGAGGCGAUAAAGAAGGAGUUUGAUGCGCACUAUAAGGGGACGUGGCACGUGAUUGUGGGGCAGCACUUUGGCGCUUUCGUGACGCACGAGACGCACCACAUGAUCUGCUUCAAGAUGGGCGGCGUCAACUUCCUUAUCUUUCGACACGGCUGACUCUGCGUACCAUGCAUGAACAAACACACGUACACGUACGUGCAGUGCAUGGCGUCAAUGACUUGCCAAUGCAAUGCACUCAAUGGUUGCUCUGC